AUGGAAUUUAUAAAGAUAUCGAAAGAGAAUGAUGAAGCAUUUAAAGGAACUGAUCUUUGGUCGCCACUUCCUGGAUACCCUACGUUUGGUGGCCAAAUAGCUGCACAGUCUCUUAUGUCUGCAUUUUCCACUGUUGAAGAUAAUACAAUUCCAAUAAACCUGAGUAUCCUGUUUAUUAACAAGUGUAGGUCAGACCAGAAUACCAGCUAUCAAGUCAAAAAACUCAGAGAUGGAGGUAUUCUGAAGAUGAGGCAAGUUGAUUGCUAUCAAAACGAUACUUUGGUCUCGAGCAUGCAUGCCAGCUUUAGUAGACCUGAUGACAAUGCACAUGAUUAUGAGGACACGCCAUACAAACUCUACGAAGAUACUUUUGUUCCGUUUGCAGAGUACAUUUCGAAUGCCCUUAAUAACACAUCUGAAAGCGAAGCAAGCAUCAAGAUGAAGUUUCAAGUCUUGUAUGAUAACAUGCAGAUGCUUCUGAAUGUCAUUGACGUAGAGCUGGGAAAAGAGACUGGUGAUAUGAGGCAGAUCCGUAUUACGAUAAAAAGCAAACAGGAUAGUAUUGUAGCCAAGGCUGCGUUGGUUACGCUAGUAUCAGAUCUUCUCCUUGUAGAAACUGCGCUUAUUGCAUGCAAUCUGACUAUUUUUUCAAAGGAAAUAUCUCUCUUGACCUCUAUGAAUCAUGUAGUUCACUUCAUAGAUCUUGAAAGAGAUCUUGGAGAAUGUGUAUAUUACAUUGUGAAAUGCAAGGGGAUUAAGAACUCAAAAGCGAUAUGUGAAGGACAGCUUCUCCAUGAGGAUGGUAGUUUGAUAUGCCUAACAAGCCAACAAGGAAUUUUUAGAGUGAAGCCUAUUUAUUCCAAGAAUUAA